UGGUCGACAAUCAAUCUUAAGCAAUAUGGCGGAUCCUCCGAUCCGAUCGUGAAUUCUUUGCUCUUGUGGAUUUAAAAUCACCAUGUGUUCAGAGACUCUGUUUACUUUAUGAAUAGGGCUGUGUUUUUAUUAAGAAUUUCUCGUUAACUAUUAGAUACACAAUGAAUAUCGUUCGAAAUUUGUCCAAGAAAUCCUCAAGUUGCUUAGAUCAUCUUCGAGGCGGACAGUUGUUUUCAUUACCCUCACGUUUGGGCAUUGCAACGACAAUAAGGGAGAACAGUUCCAACGCUGCAGGUCCGAAAUUGCAGGUGCAUGAACCAGUCGUAAGCGAAGAAAAAACAGCGUUGAAUGAAACGCUGAGGAAAAUCAAUAGCAAGUUGGCUGCAAAUGCCGAAGGACGGCUCUUCGCCCUAAUCCACGUUUGCGGCAAGCAAUUCAGAGUGACUCCUGAGGACCUGAUCGCUAUCGAGGGACACUGGGCUCCAGAUGCAGGUGAACGAAUCAGACUUGAAAAGGUCCUGCUGGUUGGUAGCAGAGACUUCACCGUGGUGGGAAAGCCACUUUUGCCUCAAGAACUGGUCAGUGUGGAAGCAACGGUCGUCGAAAAGUCCUUGUCGCACACUAGGAUACAUUUCAAAAAGAUUCCAAGAGGGAACUACAACCGCACUCAUUUGCACCGAGAACCACUCACAAUUCUCAGAAUAAAUUACAUCAAAAUUAACGAACAACUAGUUUCAUCAAAAGCAAGUGAAUAGACAGACAGUAAAUAUUGUACCUUAGUUUAAUUUAAUUCAGAUUGUUCAUGGAUUAUCAGAAUUGUGUAAAUGGCGGAUUUCCCGCAUGAAUAAAUGUUGUCAUAUGAAAA